GAUGGUGAAACUGGGGAGUAAUCUUCAAGACAAAGGGGCCAAACCUGUGAGCGUGGAGGACGGCUUUCAGAAUGUGCCCCUCAUCACCCCGCUGGACGUGGGCAGCCUCCAGAGCCAAGCACCUGACAAGGUGGUGGUGAAAACUCGCACCGAGUACCAGACGGAGAAGAAGAGACUGAAGGUUCCCAAGGUGGAGGAGUUCACCAUCAGCUUCACUGACGGGGUGUCCGAGAGACUUAAGGUGACCAUCCUGAUCAUCCUGGCACUGGCCUUCCUCGCCUGCAUCGUGUUCCUGGUGGUUUAUAAAGCCUUCACCUACGACCACGCCUGCCCAGAUGGAUUCAUUUAUAAGCACAAGCGUUGUAUCCCAGCCUCUCUGGAGGCCUACUACGCCGCCCAGGACGCCAACUCGAGGGGCCGAUUCUACACAGUGAUCAGCCACUACAGCAUGGCCAAGCAGACCACCUCGCACUCCGUCUCCCCCUGGCUUCCUGGAGGGGUGGUGGGGCAGCAGCACGACGCCAAACCCCCCGCCAACGAGGGCCACUGA